UAUAAGAUUUAUGUUUGUCUUUGUAUAUAAAUCUUACUCCAUCGUCUGAAAUUUUAUGUUCAACUUCAUUUUUCGGUUUAAAUAUUAGAUAAAUAUCGCCGGUGCCGGUGCCGGCGCUUCAUCCUCUGUGAAUAACACACUUUCAGAUGAGGUUCGCUGCCUGCCACGUGCCACUCUCCUGGCCGUGUGAUUCUUCCUCCUUCUUCAUUGGAUGAUAAGGUUGAUGGUGCGAUCUCUUUAGAGCAAUGGUGAUUCCAAUAGUAGUGGCACUGGUGGUGAUUCUCACGGGGUGGGCUUACAAGGCCAUAAAGCCUCCACCACCCAAAAUAUGUGGAUCUGUAGGGGGUCCUGAAGUCACUUGCCCCAGAGUGAAGCUCAGUGAUGGGAGACAUUUGGCCUAUAGAGAAUUUGGUGUUCCCAGGGAAGAAGCUAGGCACAAGAUUAUUGUCAUUCAUGGAUUUGGCGGUUCCAAAGACACAAAUUUGCCUGUUUCUCAAGAACUUAUGGAAGAGCAUGGGAUAUAUUUCCUCCACUUCGACAGAGCAGGUUAUGGUGAGAGUGAUCCACAUUCAUCACGUUCUGUGAAGAGCGAAGCCUAUGAUAUUCAAGAACUAGCUGAUAAAUUGCAGAUUGGUCAUAAAUUUUAUAUAACUGGAAUAUCCAUGGGAGGUUACCCUGUUUGGAGCUGCCUAAAAUACAUUCCACAUAGAUUGUAUGGAGCAGCCAUGGUGGCUCCAUGUAUAAGCUAUUGGUGGCCUUCUUUUCCUGAUAAUCUAUUGAGAGAGGCAUUUCUGAUGCUACCUCAUUCAGACCAAUGGACUUUCCGAGUUGCACAUUAUGCCCCUUGGUUAUUCUAUUGGUGGAUCACUCAAAAAUGGUUCCCUUCAUUCACUUUGACUAGUUUGUUGUCUACUGAUGAUAUGGAGAUUGUGAAGAGCUUGCCAAACACUGAUCAGGAGAGGAUAACACAGCAAGGUGAAUAUGAAUCAUUACACAGAGACAUUAUGAUUGCUUUUGGGAAGUGGGAAUUUGGCCCAACGGAGAUAUCAAACCCGUUUCCGGAUAAUAAUGGUUCGGUGCACAUGUGGCAAGGUUUUGAAGAUAGAAUAAUUCCCUAUAUGGUGAAUCGUUACAUCUCUGAGAAAUUGCCGUGGAUUCGUUAUCACGAGGUUCCUCAUGGAGGGCAUCUUUUUAUGUUCAAGAAAAAUGAAUGCGAGUCUAUUAUCAGAGAACUUGUACUCUCACAACAUAAUUCGUAUGCGGAAUAAACCAUUGGUCUAUACAUUAUAGACUACUACAGUGUUGUGAAUGCGAUGCGGAAUAAAAUUAAGUACGUUGAGAAUUGCCUAUGCA